AUGAAUGACUUUGACUAUACUUCAUUUUCAAGUUUUAAUUGCUAAAAUGGCUACUCUUAAACAGCAACUAAAACCUUCUCAUCAUAAUUUUAGAAUAUUCCUUAAGUAUUUUUUACUCAUGAAUAUUUUGAUUAAGAGAUUGCUGAAUUGGGAUUUAAAUUAGCAAUAACAGCUAUAACUUAAACAUCAUUUACAGUAGAAAUUAGUUGUAAUUCGCACAGAGCAUUUUCACUAAAAUUAAGAUGGUUUGCCAUAGAUGACUAUCGUAUUGAAGUUCUAAGUAACUUCAAUAUGGAAAAUCCAGAUGAUAAAUAAUUUUCAAUUAAAAAUCCAAAUGCUUAAACUGGAUUUAUAGCCAUCACAAGUAUGCGUUAUACAGGACCAAUUGAUUUUCUAUUAUCGGUAACAGUUAAUAAUAUUACAUAGAUAAGUGAAAUAAAAACUAAUUCAGUGACUGUAAGUAUAACGAAAGAUGCAGUAAAGUUUGCUAACCUAAAAUAGAUUGGGUAUUUUGUAGUUGUAGGAAUUGAAGAAGCAUUCAUUAAUUUAGGAUUAAAGGUAGCUACUGGUGCAUUCAGCAGUGGAACUAUUCCAAUUUAAUCAAAUAGAUGGUUUGCUAUUGCAUUACAAGGGGUGAACUAUCCAAAUUCUAAAAAUUUUAGGAUAAGAGCGAUAUUCAGUAACACAGCAACAACGAUAUCAUAUACUUGGUAGACCUGGUAUGAAUCCUAGACUCCCAAUAGUCAUUCUUAGAUUUGGAUUGCAUAUUAAUUUACAAAGAUAUUUAAACCUUUGGAAUGUUUUACUAUAAGAACAAGUAGGAAAGAAGUUAAGGAUUUAAUAACAUUACCUACAUUCAAUUUAGCAUUAGUUUAAUCAAAUUAAAUUUACACAACAAAUGGAAACUAUGAAUAUUCUGUUGAUAAAUCAAAUGCACCAUUUAAGAUGGGUAUAUAAAUUAAAUGUGAAAAUGGAAAGAAAAUCUAAGCCGAUUUUAAUAAAUGCAAUGCUUGUAGUACUAAAAAGACUCACUCUUUUUCAUACAAUUGCUUUAAUUAAAUGAAUUAUGUUGGUUUUUUCCCUGUGUUUUAAUAAGCAUUUCCGUAAUAUAAUCAUUUAAAAAUAAAAAUGCAAUCAUCAUUACUAGAAAUUAUAAAUGUUGUUUACGAUUAAACUAUUACAGAAUCCACUAUAGUGAAAAUUUAAAUAUUAGAUUAAUGA